ACUACCUCGCUGGGACCCGCACGCCGCCUUUGGGUUGGAGCGUCCAGAAGGAAGUUCCUGAAAGGUGCUGGGAAUACUGGUAUGCCGGCUGGGGCUCGGUGCUGACAGGAAUCGAGACGAUCCUGGCUGUGGACUACACAUCUCCAACUUCGUAGCACUCAGCCCUGCUCUCCUCUUAGGACUCUGCACAUCUCCAGGAGAGGAACCAGAAAGUUGAUCAGUUCUGACAGUUCUCAAAACCAUGCCUCACUGGUUGGUAACUUUCAGGGAUGUGGCCAUCAACUUCUCUCAGGAGGAAUGGGAAUGCCUUGACCCCAUUCAGCGGGAUUUGUACAGGGAGGUCAUGGUGGAGAACUACAGCCACCUGAUCUCACUGGCUGGAUGUUCGAUCCCUAAGCCAGACGUGUUUUCCUUAUUGGAGCGAGGGAAGGAGCCCUGGAUGGUGGUGAGAGCCAUGACAAGAUGGAGCUCAGGCUCCGGACGCGCAGGCUCAGCGGCCAUGGCUCACGGCAUGUGGGAUCUUCCCGGACCAGGGCACAAACCCGUGUCCCCUGCAUCGGCAGGCGGACUCUCAACAACUGCGCCACCAGGGAAGCCCUUAUCUACCAUUUUUACCUUAGACAGUUCAUUUCUUCUUACAAACAAAAACAGCAAGAAUUUGCUUUCUUGUUAUUUUACAGACUUGGAAUACAGCUGUGAGACCAAAAGGUCAUGUCCAGAAAAGGGAACUUAUGAAAUGGAAUCACUGCAAUGGGAGAAUAUGAGGAAACCUAUAAGCCAUAACCUUGAGUGCAAUGAUCUUGGAGAAAAUACAGAGUGCAAAGGCAAGUUUGAGGAUCAACAGAGAAGUCAGGAAAGACCAUACAUGCGCAUGAAAAUUACCUGUAAAGAAGAGGCCACUCAAAGCCAUUCCAUGUCCCCUAUUCUUCAUCAGACAAAUCCUACCAAGGAAAAAUUGUACAAAUGUAAGGAAUGUAAACAAGCUUUCAGCUACUUGUCAUGCCUUAUUCAACAUGAGAAAAGUCAUAAUAAAGAAAAACACUCUGACGUUAAGAAAUGUAGGAAGAUCUUCAGCAAAAAGCCAACCUAUAUUCAACAUCAGAGGAUUCAGAAUGGUGAGAAACCUUAUGAGUGUAUGGAAUGUGGAAAGGCCUUUGGUCGUAGUUCUGAUCUGAUUCAACAUCAGAAAAUUCAUACGAAUGAGAAACCUUAUCAAUGUAAAGCAUGUGGGAAGGCCUUUAUUCGUGGUUCACAACUCACUGAACAUCAGAGAGUUCAUACAGGAGAGAAACCAUAUGAAUGUAAGAAAUGUGGAAAAGCCUUUAGUUAUUGUUCACAAUAUACACUCCAUCAGAGAAUUCAUAGUGGUGAAAAACCUUAUGAAUGUAAGGAAUGUGGGAAGGCCUUUAUUCUUGGCUCUCAGCUUACUUACCAUCAAAGAAUUCAUAGUGGUGAGAAACCCUAUGAGUGUAAGGAAUGUGGAAAGGCUUUUAUUCUUGGUUCACACCUUACUUAUCAUCAAAGAGUUCAUACUGGUGAAAAGCCUUACAGAUGUAAAGAAUGUGGGAAGGCCUUUUUAUGUGCCUCUCAACUUAAUGAACAUCAGAGAAUUCACACAGGUGAGAAACCCUAUGAAUGUAAAGAAUGUGGAAAGGCCUUUUCUCGUGUCUCACAACUUACUUAUCAUCUGAGAGUUCAUACAGGUGAGAGACCCUAUAAAUGCAAAGAAUGUGGGAAAGCCUUUAUUUCUAAUUCUAAUCUUACUCAACAUCAGAGAAUUCAUACAGGUGAGAAACCUUACAAAUGUAAGGAAUGUGGAAAGGCCUUUAUUUGUGGCAAACAACUUAGUGAACACCAUAGAAUUCAUACAGGUGAGAAACCCUUUGAAUGUAAGGAAUGUGGAAAGACCUUUAUUCGUUGUGCAUAUCUUACUCAACAUGAGAAAAUUCAUGGUGAGAAGCAUUAUGAAUGUAAGGAAUGUGGGAAGACCUUUUUUCGUACCACACAACUUACAUAUCAUCAGAGAAUUCAUACAGGUGAAAAACCCUACAAAUGUAAGGAAUGUGACAAAGCUUUUAUUUAUGGCUCACAACUUAGUGAACACCAGAGAAUUCAUAGAGGUGAAAAACCCUAUGAAUGUAAGCAAUGUGGGAAGGCCUUUAUUCGUGGCUCACACCUUACUGAACAUCUAAGAACUCAUAAUGGUGAGAAACUCUAUGAAUGUAAGGAAUGUGGGAAGGCCUUCAGUCGUGGCUCAGAACUUACUCUACAUCAAAGGAUCCAUACUGGUGAGCAACCCUAUGCAUGCAUACAGUGUGGUAAAGACUUUAGACGUCAUUCAAAACUUAUUCAACAUAUGAGGCUUCAUAAUUGAGAAAGCUUUAUAUAUGAUUUAAUAUAAGAAAGUCUUCACCCAUCUUCAGCAGCUCUGGAAUAUUAGAGAACUCAUAUUAUGUUUGUAAUGAAAUAGGACAUCCUUUUGAUUGUGUUCAAAAUCAACUCAUUUUUAGAAAGCUUAUAUUAACUUCAUGAAUGCAGAAAUAAAUGACUUCUGGAACCCAUUAAACAUUUUAAAAAAUCUCUAUAACCCUGGAAUGUAAUGCUGAAUUAUAUCCUUUAUUGAGCACCAUCUCUAUUUUAAUAUUUCCUAACUGUGAAAUUGGAUAGGUUACUUAACUUCUCUGUGCCUCCAUUUCUUUAUGUGUAAAAUACUAUAAUGGUAUAAUAAUGAUCAAAUUGUAAGUGAUUAAACACAUGUAACUCCCUUUGGACAGUA